AUGGAUUCCGGAGACGUGUACGGUACUGCUGCUGCGAUGUUUCUCGAAAGGUACAAAGAACUCGUCGUUUCGUUGUUCCAGAGGCGAAUUGGGUCCCCGGACAGGUCCUCCCGGUUUGCAGCGGUAGUUCAACGGUGCCAAUUCGCUAAAGAGAUCGUGCAGACAAGCCGCAGACUGUGCCAUGUGUACGACAACCCGAUGUGGCAGUCUGCCGUGCUGGAUACUUUCGACCUGGACUUGAUAUACGGUAACGUGGACCGCAUGGUUCAAAAUAGCGAGGCGGAGUACACGGACAACCUCGUCAAAGAGCUUCUACGGUACUUCAAGCAGGACUUCUUUACCUGGUGCGACAAGCCCAAGUGCCCCCAGUGCGGGACCAACGAGCACCAAGAAAUCCAAGGUGCCGUGGGCCCCACGGCAGAGGAGUCCCAGUCUGACUGUGGGACCGUGGAACUGUACCGUUGCACUCAGUGCCAGGAGCAGACGCGGUUCCCCGGUACCAACGACCCGGUGAAGCUGUUGCAGACGAGGACCGGGCGGUGCGGGGAGUGGUGCAACGUGUUUACACUUGUGUUGAAGGCGUUUGGCUUGCCCACGCGGUACGUGGUCAACAUGGAGGACCACGUCUGGUGCGAGUACUUCUCGAAAAACUUGUCCCGGUGGGUUCACGUCGACAGCUGCGAGCAGUCGUUCGACCAGCCGUACAUCUACAGCAAGAACUGGAACAAGAAGAUGUCGUAUUGCAUCGCGUACGGUGACUCUGGUGUCGAGGACGUGAGCGAGAAGUACAUACUGCAGAAUGCUUUGCCCAGGGACCGCAUUUCCGAGGGGGACUUACAGUUUGUGUGUGCGUCCCUUACAGAUCAGUUGCGGCAGGGCCGUAGUUCUGCGGAAUUGUACAAACUGUUCUGCAUGGACGAGCAAGAUCGUUUCCACUCGGGAGCCCACCGUGCGGGCCACGAUUCUGCAGCUGUGGAGACGGGCAGACAGAGCGGGUCCAAAGAGUGGACCACGAUGAGAAACGAAAACGGACAGUAG